GUCUAUUUUGACGCAUUUGUGGGCCAUCUUGGUUGUUCGACUGCCUCCUGCUUCGUCCUUGGGCUACCUUUCUUGGAAGAAGUACUCGUGCGCUGCCCUGAAUGCCCACAUACCGCUGGGGGGGGCAUGCCGCGGCUGACUCCGCCGGGGAUCGAAUUCGAGACGAUUGCGACAACAAACCCACCUGAGCUACAUUCCCCCCUGUCGCAAUUUUUGAGACCACCUUGCCGCCAAGUGUACAGUAGCCUCAGCCUUCCAGUGAAUGGGCACGCCGAUGCCGUUCUCCGCGCUCUUCAGCAACGAUCUCUUGCCCUGCAUCCUCGCUUACCAAGGCGGCAUCCAUCACAAGCUGCUCGAGAUUGUUGCAGCAGUCCGUGUCUUGCAGUCCGCGACCUGCGCUACACCAAGCGCGCGAGCUGUCGCUACGCACACGCUCCAUGUUUGGUUUCAUUGCCACCAUGUCCCUGGUCUUCGUGAACUGUACAGAGUAUGUCCAGACGUAGCAUCCCAUGGCACGUUUCUUGUCUAUGCUAGUUCCAUCGGCCAAGUCCAUGCGGUGAAGUAUUUACUGGCGCACCACCAUCCAAGCCAUCACGGUCCAGCAGUCUUACAAGCCACGCUACAUGGACAUUUAGCCGUGCUUCAGGCAUUCCACGACGCUCGCACGCCCGACGGAUUUACGUCGUACGUGUUCACGCUUGCCGCCACGCACGGCCAUCUUGACAUUAUCAAGUUUUUGCACCAGCAUCGAGCGACCACUUGCGACACUUUGGCCAUGGACAACGCCGCCAAGCAUGGCCAUUUGGGUAUCGUUGAAUUUCUGCACCGUCACCGCGAAGAAGGGUGCACGGUCGAUGCAAUGGAUGGAGCAGCAGAGAAUGGGCACAUCGACGUCGUUGAAUUCCUGCAUCGGAAUCGGCGGGAAGGAUGCACAAAACGUGCGAUGGAAGCCGCUGCGGCGCGGGGACACAAGGACGUCGUUCGUUUUCUCCACUUGAAUCGAAGGGAAGGGUGCCAUGCAACCGCAAUGGACUCGGCAGCCGAGCGUGGCGAUGCCAGCAUGGUGCAAUUCCUGCAUUGGAAUCGAAUCGAAGGAUGUACGGUACACGCGUUGGCAUUGGCGGCGGCGAAUGGUCACGGCGACAUUGUCGACUUUCUCCUCAUGUUUCGCACGGAAGGGUGUGUGAAGCAAGCAAUGGCAGCCGCUGCUUCGGCAGGCCACGACGACGUGGUUCAACGUGUGUUGGCGCACCAAGGACAAAUGUGCGUGCACAAUUGCGAAUGUCCUGUCGAGUGGCCGACGAGGAGCGUCUUGUGCAUUGGAGUCGAAGAAGCCAAAGCCCAUGGCCAGUGGUCGACAUACAAACUGUUGAAAGGCGAGCUCAAGUGGAAAGAUCGACGACAAAAGUGGUCGCACAACGUGGCGAGGGCAUGGCAGCUCCAGAAACUCUUCAAGACAAUGACACGGUUCGCCAGUCGUAGGAUAGGAACCUAAACGUACUAAAAGCACCGUCUCCACGACGAGGCCUUGGAGAACCAGGCAAUUCUCUCUCGA